AUGGGGGCAAAAAGGCCUUGGAUCCAACUCCAGAAACUUCUCAGCUGGUGGGUCAGAGAACAAGACUGGGAUCAGCACUUGGAUCAGCUUCACAUGCUACAACAGAAGAGUAUUAGGGAGUCUCCACUACUCAGAGCAGCCAAGGAAAAUGAUCUGUGUACGCUUAAGAAACUUCAGCUUGACCAGAACUGUGACUUUCGACAAAGAGGAGCCCUCGGGGAGACAGCGCUUCAUGUAGCAGCCCUCUAUGACAACCUGGAUGCUGCUGUAAUGCUGAUGGAGGCUGCCCCAUACCUGGUCACAGAGUCCACAUUGUGUGAGCCAUUUGUAGGUCAGACUGCACUACACAUCGCAGUCAUGAACCAGAAUGUGAACCUGGUCCGAGCCCUGCUUGCCAGAGGGGCCAGUGUCUCCGCCAGAGCUAUAGGCUCCGCCUUCCACCGCAGUCCCCACAACCUCAUCUACUAUGGAGAGCACCCUUUGUCCUUUGCUGCCUGUGUGGGCAGCGAGGAGAUUGUUAGGCUGCUCAUUGAACAUGGAGCUGACAUCCGGGCCCAGGACUCCCUGGGAAACACAGUACUGCACAUACUCAUCUUGCAGCCCAACAAAACCUUUGCCUGCCAGAUGUACAACCUGUUACUGUCCUAUGAUGGGGGAGACCACCUGAAGUCCCUGGAACUUGUGCCCAACAACCAGGGACUCACCCCCUUCAAGCUGGCUGGGGUGGAAGGCAACACUGUGAUGUUUCAACACCUGAUGCAGAAACGGAAGCAUAUCCAGUGGUCCUGUGGGCCACUAACAUCUUCCCUCUAUGACAUCACAGAGAUUGAUUCCUGGGGCGAGGAGUUGUCCUUCCUGGAGCUUGUGGUUUCCUCCAAGAAGAAAGAGGCUCGCCACAUUCUAGAACAGACCCCAGUGAAAGAGCUGGUGAGCCUGAAGUGGAAGAAGUAUGGGCAGCCUUACUUCUGCCUCCUGGGCGCUCUGUACAUCUUUUACAUGAUCUGCUUCACCACAUGCUGUGUUUACCGCCCGCUCAAGUUCCGUGACACCAACCGAACACAUUCUCGAGAUAACACCAUCAUGGAACAGAAAACACUACAGGAAGCAUAUGUGACUUACCAGGAUGAUAUCCGGCUAGUGGGGGAGCUGGUGACAGUCAUUGGGGCUGUGGUUAUUCUACUUCUAGAGAUCCCAGACAUCUUCAGAGUUGGUGCCUCUCGCUACUUUGGACAGACAGUUCUUGGGGGACCAUUCCAUGUCAUCAUCAUCACCUAUGCCUCCCUUGUGCUGGUGACCAUGGUGAUGAGGCUUACCAGUGUGAAUGGGGAGGCGGUGCCCAUAUCCAUGGCCCUGGUGCUGGGCUGGUGUAGUGUCAUGUACUUUGCCCGAGGAUUCCAGAUGCUGGGCCCCUUCACAAUCAUGAUUCAGAAGAUGAUUUUUGGAGACCUACUACGCUUCUGCUGGCUGAUGGCUAUGGUCAUCCUGGGAUUUGCCUCAGCCUUCUGUAUCAUUUUCCAGACAGAGAACCCAGACAGUCUGGGGGAAUUCUCCGACUACCCCACAGCACUGUUCAGCACCUUUGAGCUUUUCCUCACCAACAUCGAUGGCCCUGCCAACUACAGCGUGGAUCUGCCCUUCAUGUACAACCUCACCUAUUCUGCUUUCGCCAUCAUUGCCACCCUGCUCAUGCUCAACUUGUUCAUUGCCAUGAUGGGGGACACUCACUGGCGAGUGGCCCAGGAGAGGGAUGAGCUCUGGAGAGCACAGGUUGUGGCCACCACAGUGAUGCUGGAGAGGAAAAUGCCUCGUUUCCUGUGGCCUCGAUCCGGUAUCUGUGGUUGCGAGUACGGCCUGGGGGACCGCUGGUUCUUACGGGUCGAGUACCACCAUGACCAGAAUCCUUACCGAGUACUUCGCUAUGUGGAAGCCUUCAAAUCUUCAGACAAAGAGGAGGUGCAAGAGCAGCUAUCUGAGAAACAGCCUUCUGGGACUGAGACUGGCACUUUAGCUAGAGGCUCUGUGGUCCUCCAAACACCUCCUCUGUCUAGGACUACAUCCCUAAGCAGCAGUAGCCACCGUGGCUGGGAAAUUCUCCGUCGAAAUACCCUGGGACAUUUGAAUCUUGGACUAGACCUUGGUGAGGGGGAUGGAGAGGAGAUCUACCAUUUCUAAAGAGGAUCCUGCUACUUUAGAACUAGCCCCAGGUGGGCCAAGAUGUGGGAAGAGAGAGGGUUAGGGAGGAAGAGGGACAGAAAAAGGGAGAGACCUGGUUCUGCAAGAAUCUGACUAAUGGUUGUGAGUUGUGGGAAGGUAUAUAUAAAAUAUUCUUUAAGGGGCAAUAUAUCACCCUUUACAUUUCAGCAUUUGUAGAGAUGGGCAGUGGUCAUCUAUUGUACAUACCUUUUGGGUUCCUCUAAGGCUCAUAUCUUGAGAAACUGGCAACUGAGGACAUGAAAUGAGGACACUGACAUCUUUGAUUAACAUCUGGACGAU